AUGACUCCUCCUGAUGGUCUAAACAUUGAUAAAAAUAACAAAGUAUGUAGACUAAAAAGAUCCCUUUAUGGUCUAAAACAGGCCCCUCGAAUGUGGAAUGAAAAACUUGUUCAAGUUCUUGUCAAACUUGGUUUUAAUCAGUCCAAAUGUGAUCAUUCUAUGUUCAUAAAAUCCAAUAACUCUGUGUUUAUUGUGUUAUUAGUCUAUGUGGACGACAUUGUGCUUACAGGUAACAAUCCUGAUGAAAUUAAUAAUAUCAAAAUCCUUUUAAAAAAGGAAUUUCAAAUAAAAGACCUAGGACUGUUGAAAUACUUUCUUGGCAUUGAAGUUAUCAAAAACAAUGAUGAUAUUUGUCUUACCCAAAGAAAGUAUUGUAUGGAUCUUCUAAAUGAAUAUGGUAUGAGUGGUUGCAAACCUGUUAGUUGUCCUAUUGAACAGAACUAUAUUUUAACCAAGUUAAGUAAAAAUGAAGUUCAAAAAGAUGCUAAUGUCACUGAGUACCAAAAGUUGGUUGGGAAACUUAUUUAUUUAUCUCACACCCGUCCAGAUAUUGCAUAUGCCGUUCAUUAUCUUUCUCAAUAUAUGCAUAAACCAACCGAGGCACACUCUCAGAUAGCUUUUCGGUUGCUGAGAUAUUUAAAAGGUGCACCCGGUCUUGGCAUCAUGUUUAAACAAAGUGAUACUUUUCAGUUGACAGCUUAUGCGGAUUCCGAUUGGGCCAAAUGUGUUGACAGCAGGAGGUCUGUUACAGGGUAUUGUAUUUUCCUUGGAAACUCCUUGGUUUCUUGGAAAAGCAAGAAGCAAAGUGUAGUUUCUCGUUCCUCUGCUGAAGUCGAGUACAGAUCCAUGUGUAGUGCUGCUUGUGAAAUUCUGUGGUUAACAAACAUUCUAAGGGAGUUGGGGAUUCAAGUUAAUCUUCCAGUUACUCUCAGAUGUGACAAUACUGCUGCCAUCUCUAUAGCUGCAAACCCAGUAUUUCAUGAUAAAACAAAACACUUUGAGGUUGACCUUUUCUUCCUAAGGGAAAAGAUUGCUGCAGGUAUCAUCAAAACAGCAGGCAUUCAAUCUGAAUUUCAACUUGCUGAUCUUUUCACAAAAGGCCUCAUGCCAAGAAGCCACGACGAAAUGUGUAAGUCUUUGGGUUUGGAAAAUCUGUUUAAACAUUUAAACUGA